AUGGACUCUGACUCUGACAUUCCCGAGCCGCCGCUGCUGCUCCCACACCUCGCGGGCCCACUCGGGCACAGCUCGAGCGGUCUAAAACUGCUUACACCAGCACAAAAGCUACGGAAGAAAGAGCUGCGCGAUGAACUUCAUAGAUUGAAGUUGUUGGAGGAUGAAUAUCGUGAAGAAUACAACCGAAAAAAAGAUGAAUGGACUUCCUCGCACAAGGAGUUGGUAGACCAACUUGCCGCUCUCGAUGAGUCAUAUAAGACCGAGAUAGAGCCGGACGAGAAGCGAUUGGCUGAUGUCGAGGAUGCUGGUGUAGUUAUCCCAGAGGGGGUUUUACCCCCCACAAGGGACCUUACCGAAGGACAAAAGUUGAGGAAAAAGGAACUGAGAGAAGAGAUUACCCGACUAAAAGAACUUGAGCGAGAACACCACGAAGCUCUUCAAAUUAAGACGGAACAAUGGGACACUGCUCGGAAAGCUUUAGUGGAUGCUCUGGAACGCCAUGACUCUGAACGCCAAGAGUCGUUUGCCCCUGACUACAAGUUAUCGAAAGAGUUAGACGAGAAGAUCAAGUCCGCUGUCUCGGAAAUCAAGGGUCUCGUGUAA